AAUAAUCCGUUUCCCAUCCUUGAAAUCUUCCCAAUUUCGAAUUCAUCGUCGCAGCGGAGGAUUGCACAGCCUCACUCCGUUAAUCCGUUUCCCGUUUUGCCCCUCGCUCCCAACCAUUUUCCGAUUCGUAAGCGGAAACGGCUGAAUUCCGUUUGAAUUGAAAAAUAAAUCCAUAGUAAGUAGUAUUAUGAUAGUGAGAACAUACGGCCGGCGCAGCAGAGGGCUGACGCGGAGCUACUCCGACGUCGUUUCGGAGCCCCCUUCCCAAGACGUUUUCAAUUUCACUUAUUCGUCCCAGGAUUCCGCCCACUGCCACUUGUCCGAUCCCUACAGCCUCGAUUCUCCGCAGGAAUUGCCGAUUUCGCCCCCUGCCGAUUUGUGGAAGCGGAAGAGAGCGAAGGUGAGCGAUUCGGAGCCCUGCGUUUUGAUUUCUUCUCGGGAAUCGGAGGAUUAUGCGGUGGUGGAGAUUUCCGAUGGGGAGUCGGAGGAGCCGGAAUUGGUCAAGAAAAUCGACCGUGAUUGUCUCGAUAAUGAUUCUUCGCAGGAGGUGAGGGAGUUUGAGGGUUUGCCGCGGAGGGGGAGUGUGGAAAAUGGCGUUUCUGGGUUUUCUGAAAAUGGGGGUUCUUGGAAACCUAAGUGGAAUGAUGCACAUGGUUUGAAUUCGUCGUUGGGGCUGCAUGAAUUGGAGAUUAUGGGGAGUAGAGUGGGCUUGGGUAGUAGUAGAGUGGUUUCUCGAAAUCAUAAGGAAGAGAAUGGGGCGUUGAAGAAGAAGAAGAAGAAGAAAAAUAAGAAGAGUAAGAAGAAGUUGGAAGUGGAGGAGGUGGGAUUAGGCGAUUUAUUUGUUACCUCUACAUUGAUGGAAACUCAGGAGUCUGGGGAAACGGACGAGCUCCUGGAGGAGGUGGAGUACGCAUUGGAUGGGUUAAAGAAGGGGCAGAGUGUGAAGGUUUGGCGGGGGAGUCUUUUAUCCUUGUUGUCGGCGUGUGGAACAGCUCAACAGCGGCGAAUUCUAAGGGUUCAUGGGUCAACCAAAGAAAUUGUUGAUGCUGUUUCGGGACUCAAUUUUGAUGACCCUCCAAGCAACCUCGCUGCUGCUGCUUUACUUUGUCUACUGACAACUGAUGGUCAAGGUGACCAUCUUCUGGAGUCACCAAGUUGCAUAUGCUUUCUGAUAAAGUUGUUAAAACCACAAGAAAGUGGAGGUGGAGCCACCAAAAAGAAAGUUCCAACCAUUGGUAGCAGGCUUUUAGGGCUCUGCAGGAAAUCUGGUCUUAUACAAGACUCAGCCAAGGGAACUGAUUCCAGCUCUACUGAUAUCAUGCUAAAGGUUCAGGAUAUCCUUGUCAGUCUCAAGGAAAUGAAGCCAAAAGAUGCUGCUGAUCAUAGGAUGGAAGAACCCAAGUUGACUCCUAAAUGGAUUAGUUUGCUUACAAUGGAGAAAGCUUCCUUAUCGACCAUCUCUAUUCAAGACACCUCUGGCACUGUAAGGAAAAUGGGGGGUAACUUCAAGGACAAAUUAAGAGAGCUUGGAGGACUUGAUGAAGUGUUUGAAGUGGCGAGGAAUUGUCAUUCCACAAUGGAGGAAUGGUUGGAGAAGAGUCCAAUUUUUGCUCUAGAUUCGAAAGAUAAGUUGGGGCCGGAUAGUCUAGUAGUGCUCUUGAAAUGUCUAAAAAUAAUGGAAAACACUACAAUCCGUAGCAAGGAUAACCAGUGCCAUUUGCUUGGAAUGAAAGGAAAAUCCGAUGGUCAACGAGCUCCACAUUUCUUCACAGAGCUCAUUCUGAGCAUCAUUAAGAUUCUCUCAGGUGUCACCAUACAGCGAAGAUCUUCAAGAACGUUAAAUGAUGAAAAGAUGGGCGGUACCUCUGAGGAGGACAUUAACUCUGGAGGGUGCUGUAACAUGGCUGGUUCUCAGAAAAGCUCAAGUGCAUCUCCUCCAUGCAAUCAAUGGCAGUCAGGAUCAAGGACUAGUCAAGAAUCUAGCCAGGCGUCUGUGGAUCCGCUAUUGCUAAAAAUGAGGGUUGAGUCUUCUUCAGCAGUGUCAUGUAGUGGAUCAUAUGGUAAUUCAGAUAGACUACUAGAACAGUCCAACGACCAGGACCCUUUUGCAUUUGAUGGGGGUGAUGAGGCAACAAACUGGGAGUUGCUAUCAGGGACUGGAAGAAUGAGGAAAUCUCUGGCUCAAGAUAACAGGGGAAGCGCAAGGGAAAAUGAAGAAAUCCAUCCCUCUGGCUUGAUGUGCAGCCAACAAGAGUCGAGUAACAUGGAAAUUUAUAAUCCAGAGGAUGCGUCAUGUUCUUUUGCUAGUGAGGAAGAGGAAGAUUUGAUUGAUCUUCUAGAUACUGCUGUUAAGGUUCUUGUUAACUUGUCCAAUGACAACCCUAAGGGCUGCCAGCAUAUUGCAAAACUUGGAGGAUUGGAAAUCUUAUCUUCUCUGAUUGCUGGCCAUUUUCCAUCAUUUAGCAACACACUUCUCACUGAUCAAGAGUACAACCUUCUUGUUAAUAUUCUGUGCUUGCUUGUGAAUAUGGUAGAGAAGGACGGACAGAACAGAUCUCGGCUGGCAUCAGUUACUGUUCCAUUACCCAGCAUCAGUGGUUCAGAAACGGAGGAUGAAAGGGAUGUGAUCUCUCUUCUGUGCUCAAUCUUCGUGGCUAAUCAUGGAGCUGGUCAGGCUGCUGGAGAGGAUGAAUGGUUAUCAUUGGAGGAUGAAGAAUCCGUGUUACAGGAAGUAAAAGAAGCCGAGAAAAGGGCUGUGGAAGCUUAUUCAGCUCUUCUUCUAGCGUUCCUCUCCACAGAAAGUAAGAGCAUACGUCGCGCCAUUGCUGAGUGUCUUCCCAACCAGAAGUUGUCCGCUGUUGUUCCCGUGCUGGAGAGAUUCGUGGAAUUUCAUAGGGCGAUGAACAUGAUCUCACCUGAGACAUACAUUGCAGUUCUUGAAGUCAUUGAAUCGUGUAGGAUUCCAUGAGAGGUGUUAUGUACAGACACAACCUCUCUUUCUCUCUCUACACUGUGCUUCUCUUGUUUAGUUUGUAGUAGUUUCUUCUUUGGUUUAUUUGAUUCAUUAUAAAUCUUAGAGAUAUUGUGAGGAUGAUACUAUUGUAUACGACCAAUUACAGUAUUCUGUCCAUUUUUCUUGAUAGUAGUAGCUUCUUUUAUGCC